GAGUCCUCUACAGGGACGUCAUGCAGGAGAACUAUGAGACGGUGACCUCGCUGGGAUUUCCCCUUCCCAAACCUAACCUGAUCACCCGGCUGGAACGAGGGGAAGAGCCGUGGGUGCCUGAACUCCAGCCCUGUGAGGAAAGAGGGAUCCCGAGAGGCACCCACACAGCAGGUGACAAGAGAAUGAGUGAGAACGAGGAGGGGAAUCAACAGCAGGAAGUUCCUGGGCACAGGGAAUCACAGGGGACCUUUGUGGGAAGACCCCAUAUGUGCUUAGACUGUGGAAAAAGCUUCAUGCGGAGGUCAGACCUUGUUUGUCAUCAGGCAGUCCACACAGGAGAGAGACCCCAUAAGUGCUUAGACUGUGGACAGAGUUUCAUAUGGUGGUCACACCUUAUUUUACAUCAGCGAAUCCACACUGGAGAGAAACCCCACAAGUGCUUAACCUGUGGAAAAAGUUUUAUACGGAGGUCAACCCUACUUGAUCACCAGGCAGUCCACACUGGAGAGAGGCCCCAUAAGUGCUUAGAGUGUGGAAAAAGUUUCAUACGGAGGUCAAAGCUACUUAAUCAUCAGGCAGUCCACACUGGAGAGAGGCCCCAUAAAUGCUUAGACUGUGCAAAAAAUUUCAUACAGAGGUCAGACCUUGUUAGACAUCUAGCAGUCCACACCGGAGAGAGAUCCCAUAAGUGCUUAGACUGUGGGAAAAGUUUCAUAUGGAAGUCAGGCCUUGUUAAACAUCAGAUAAUCCACAGAGGAGAGAAAUCCCAUAAAUGUUUGGAUUGUGGGAAAAGCUUCACACAAAGAUCAAGUCUUAUGGCACAUCAGACAAUCCACACAGGAGAGAGACCCCACAAGUGCUUAGACUGUGGGAAAAGUUUCAUACGGAGAUCAGAUCUUGUUAGACAUCAAGCAGUCCACACCGGAGAGAGACCCCAUAAGUGCUUAGACUGUGGGAAAAGUUUCAUAGAGAGGUCAAUCCUACUUAACCAUCAGGCAGUCCACACUGGAGAGAGACCCCAUAAGUGCUUAAUCUGUGGGAAAAGUUUCAUAUGGAGGUCAGGCCUUGUUAAACAUCAAGUAGUCCACACCGGAGAGAGAUCCCAUAAGUGCUUAGACUGUGGGAAAAGUUUCACACAAAGAUCAUAUCUUAUGACACAUCAGAUAAUCCACACAGGAGAGAAAUCCUAUAAAUGUUUGGACUGUGGGAAAAGUUUCACAGAAAGAUCAUAUCUUAUGACACAUCAGGCAAUCCACACUGGAGAGGGACCCCACAAGUGCUUAGACUGUGGGAAAAGUUUCACAAAAAAAUCAAAUCUUAUGGCACAUCAGACAAUCCACACAGGAGAGAGACCCCACAAGUGCUUAGACUGUGGAAAAAGUUACAGACAGAGGUCACACCUUGUUGUACAUCAGGUAGUCCACACUGGAGAGAGACCCCACAAGUGCUUAGAUUGUGGAAAAAGUUUCACACGGAGGUCCGUCCUUGUUAAACAUCAAGCAAUCCAUACAAGAGGGAAAUAACACUUAGAUUAAACUUGGGUGUAAUAAUGUCAUUGUAUCUCUCUCUCUCUCUGUUUAAAGUUUGUGGUAAACUGUCUAUGAACGGCUUUAUGGAUAAUUACCUUAUGUUAAUCCAUAUAGUUUUAGUACUUGUGGUGUUUGCGAAAUAGAAGGUUACUUCUCAAACCUAUUGUUCACCCAAGGGCUGCCUGCUGUCGAGAGGCUACAAAAGUGUCCGUACAAACUCUUGAGACCUGAUCCUUUUAUCUCCGAUCUUCUUAUGCUUUAUUCAGGGGGCAUUUGAGUCGUAAGACUGAGAUCUCCAGUCCCCUCUGCACUGCCCUGAUAUUGAACAUUUGACUAGAACGUGAUGAAAUGAUUCUGAAAGGGACUCUUUUCAAUUCUAACUCACCAUCAGUGGAUUGAGCAUUGGUCUGCUAAACCCAGGGUUGUGAGUUCAAUCUUUGAGGGGGCCAUUCAGGGAUUUGGGGAUUGGUCCUGCUUUGAGCAGGGGGUUGGACUAGAUGACCUCCUGAGGUCCCUUCCAACCCUAAUAAUCUAUGAUUCUAUGAUCUCUCUGGUGAAACUGACCUAAGGACUCUAUUCAUCUUUGUAUGUCUAAUGACCUAAGAGCCAAUACUGUCUUUUCUUCUUUUAAUAAAAAGUAGUUUCGUUAACAAGAA